CAUGCAUUCUUAGCAUUCAAAGCUCUUCUAAGCAAUUCAGCUCCCCAGCUCACUCGUCUGCAGUUUCAGCAAUUCAGCCUUCCUGAGGAGUGAAGUAAGCGUUGAGUAAACUUUCAGCUGUGGUGUGGUGUAUGCUCAAUUGUACAUCAGCUCAUUCCGACCCAAGGCUGUAGUGAGAGGUCUCGUCAAUCAGACCGCCGUCAUCCAGUGUGCGUUCGUGUGUGUGCUGAAGGCGACAUUUGCUAGUUCGAACAAGUUCCUGACUCGCUUCUUCGUCAAGAUGAUGAGCGUCAGUGAUGUGAGCACCUACGUCUUCUACGUCUACCUUCCCCUGCUUUGCGUCUGCGUUAUGUUCUUCUAUGGAGCCCGCGAGCCGGUAUGGAUUGUCCACACACCUCAGAGCUCUACCAAGUCCUACAUUGCAGGAACACCUCAAUCUGUUCACACUCCUCAAUCUGUCCACACUCGAGGGGGCCACACUGAAAUCUUUCAUCACUCGAUUGUAGAACUGAAAGUGCCUGUCUGCUGUGAGGCCUGCGAGGAGAGAGUGAAGCACGCACUACUGAACUGCAAUGGCGUUGAUUCUGUACGCUGCGAUACGAAUAGGCAGAGAGUGACUGUGACUGGAACUGCUGCACCAGCUGACCUGUUGAAGAUAUGCAAGAAGCUGCACAAGCGGUCUGAACUCCUCGGUGGAAACACGGGCACUGGAAAGAAGGGCAAGCAUACUCCCGGUUCCGUUACUUCUGUCGGGGUCUGGAAUAGACACAAUGACUGGAAGAACACGCCGUCCGCAAUCUCUGCCUGGCUUUGAAAGUCUACGUCUCCUAAGAAAGGCAUUUUCUGUAGUUUGUUUUUGGUAGGAGUGAAGCACCAGGUGUUUCUUGUACAAAUUUUGUGUGGGUACUCGCGUGCUAGCUGACCAAGACACUGAAGUCUUGUCCACCUGUAGCUUGUACUGUUCGUUCUCAGAGCAGUGCUGCUGCAUGCUAGUAGAUUCGUUUGAAUAUCUCCCGCCCCCUGAGGUUGAGUAGCUGCCGGAUGGCUGAGGGAGUUUGCAGAGUGUUGCAAACUAUGUAGUGCAGGCGUAGAUUAUAAUAUAUAUGCAGUGGUUGAGUAGGAGCGUUAGUGUACGUAGCAACCGAUUAGUUCCCUAACGAAUUGUGUAGCUGAACCAGAGGUUGGCAAGGCUACUCCUGAGAAUUGAAUCUUUGUCCUAAAAUCCGGCUAUCGUUUAUAAAAAGAAGUGCUGUUGAAACAC